AUUGUCAUGUCAAAUUGUGACAUUUAUCUAAUAAAUAAACAAUGUAAAACGUAAACAUUGAUUUUACAACUGAAAACCAUAGAUUUGAUAAAAACAUUUCUAAUUGCUUCAAGAGUUUCAGUCCCAAAAUUGUGAAUUUUCAUUUUGUUAUUUGAAUCAAUGUCGUUUAAAUAAUAACUUUAUUUAAUUUGAGAGAUGGAUAAUAGUAAGAAAGGAGUGAUUUUUCACCCCAUUAUAAGUUCCAUUCAGAAAAUGGCUUUAUAUGAGACCAAAUCUAAAUAUUAUUUAGUUGGCUCAAACAAUACUCAGACACGGUUUCGUGUUUUAAAAAUUGACCGAAUGGAAGCCAAAGAACUGGAAAUUUAUGAUGACAAAGUCGAAUAUACAGCAGAAGAAAUACAUAAUCUCAUUAAUAUGAUAGACUCAGGAAACAGAAGAGCAGGAGGUGGGGCUGGAGGGUUCUCAAAAGUUAUAUCUGCUUUUGGAAUAGUAGGUUUCAUAAAGUUUUUAGAGGGUUAUUACAUUAAUCUCAUUACCAAGCGUCGAAAAGUAGGUGUUAUCGGACAUCAUACAAUCUAUAAAAUAGAAGAUACCACUAUGGUGUACAUUCCACAUGAAAGUGUCAGACUGCUACAUCCAGAUGAACCUCGUUAUGUGAAAAUGUUCCAAAACAUUGAUUUGGCAAGUAAUUUUUACUACAGCUACAGCUAUGAUCUUACUCAUACCCUCCAACACAACUUGACACAUCCGAAAAGAUUUGCUCCCAAUAAUGAUCCUGAAGAAGUUGAUUGUCAUAUCAAAGUUGACAAUACUGAUAGCCUUUCUUCAUCUGUUGUUUCCCAAUAUUCGAAUUCUGAAACAAGCGAGCCCCAGCAUUUCGGUAUACGUACUCAACCUCAUAGAAAAUUUGUGUGGAAUACUCAUUUAAUAAGUGAUUCUGUUAGAGCGGAACUUCAUCCAGACUGGAUCAUCUACAUAACACAUGGUUUUGUGGGCCAAACAAACAUAAAUGUUUUUGGAAGAUCCAUCUAUGUUACUUUAAUUGCGAGGAGAUCUAGCAGGUAUGCUGGUACAAGAUUCCUAAAGCGUGGGGCUAAUUUCCAAGGGGAUGUUGCAAAUGAAGUGGAAACCGAACAACUGGUUCAUGAUUCGGGAGUAUCUUCAUUCACUCAAAGCCACGUUACUUCAUUUGUUCAAAUGAGAGGAUCUAUACCUGGACACUGGAAACAAGAAAUGGGUAAGAUGGUGGCAAAACCGGCUAUUACUAUUGACUUCUACGAUCCAUUUGCGGAGACUGCAGGGGCGCACUUCAAUGAACUUCUCAAACGAUAUGGUGCCCCCAUCAUAAUCUUGAACCUAGUGAAACAGCGUGAGAGGAAGAAACAAGAGCGGCUGCUGAGUGACGAGCUCAGUUCGGCCGUCAAGUAUUUGAAUCAGUUUUUACCCGUAGAGCAUCAGAUCAUUUAUAAAACAUUUGAUAUGGCCAGGAAAAAUAAAGGAAAAGCAAAUGUCAUGGGUCACUUGGCUGAAAUUGCACGAAAUGCUGUUAUGAAAGUCGGAAUAUUUCACAACAAGCCACAGUAUCAGUCUCAAAAAUCUGGAACAGUAGUUGGUCAAAAUAAUAACACUUUGGGCAGCUUACAGACAGGAAUAGUAAGGACGAACUGCGUGGAUUGCUUAGACAGGACGAAUACAGCCCAGUUUGCUAUUGGAAAAUGUGUUUUAGGUUAUCAGCUUUGUGCUUUGGGGAUUUUAGACACACCUAAUCUGGAAUUUGACACAGACUGUGUUCGUAUGCUCGAAUCCCUGUAUGAGGACCAUGGAGACACACUUGCACUUCAGUAUGGUGGCUCUCAGCUUGUUCAUCGUAUAAAAACCUAUCGUAAAACGGCACCCUGGACUUCGCAGGGAAAUGACAUUAUGCAAACUCUCAGUAGAUAUUAUAGUAACACUUUUUCUGAUGCUGAAAAACAAAACGCCAUCAACUUAUUUUUGGGACUUUUCAAACCUGAAGAGUACAAACCCCAGAUCUGGGAGUAUACAACCGACUAUUAUUUUCAUCAUAAACCCAUUAUUUCCAGUUUGAAGUCGUUGACACAGUGGUGGGAUUCUGGAGUUGUGAAGAGCCUACCUUAUGCUUUUAACGAUUUGACCAAAUCAUGUACUGAACUGAUUCAGGUCCAUUCCCGUGAUGUAGAAAUGAUUGAUUCCUACCUUGACUACUACAGACCUUACGAACUGAGUGUUUUGGGAGACGUUUUUGCUCUAAAAAUAUCUAAUUCUAUCAGGGAUUUCAUGCCGAAUUUCACAACUAACUAUAGUCCUUUUACACUUAGAGUCAGGCCAGUGAGGAGGCGUGAAGAAAAUUCUAAUAAAACCGGUACAAAUGCAAUGAAAAAUCCUUCUGUUACUGGCCAGAGUUCCACUUGUUCAACUGCUUCCAGUACCAGUUCUAGUUCCGACAAUGAAACUUCCAUCGAAGACGAAGAUAGUUCUUAUACAAAUGAAUCUCAGAUGACUUCUUCUAAAGAGAGUACCCCAGAACCGUUUACAUUCAGGUCCCUCUUUCCUACCAUGAAAGAGGUUUACGGUACAGAAUUGAAGAAACCGAGUGCCGAAGAUAUUCUGACUUACAAAAAGUAUGUUCUGAUUGGCAAAAAAGCUAGCGGUUCUGCAAUGAACGCUUUCAAUCCCAUAUCUAGACCAAUGAAAGCUAUGGGAGAAUUCCCUAAAGAUAGUUGCUUUGAAGUUACUCCUCCAACGGUAUCACAGGACUCGAUUGAAAUAUACAAAAAAUAUAUAAGCGUAGGAAAAAACGGUGGUUUCCAACCCAAGCCAAGUGAUAUGGAGAUUUAUCGGAAGUAUGCUAGUUAUAAGUGAAAUCAAUUAUUCAUGUGAUUUUUUGUUAUUUUUAUUUCGUUAUUGAAUAAAUGUUGAUGUUGAUUAUCGAA